UUUAAAUAAUGGAUUUUUGGAUAGGUACAUAUUUCACUGAAAAUACUUUAAGAAAUAUAAAGUUUAAAUAGUAACAAAUUUGGCUUUAUGGAAUACAUCUCUUUUACCUUUUCAAAUGGAAAACAAAAGCUUAACCUGAAAUAUUGUUGCCAAAUUCCUGGUUUACUUGUUUUGUAAACAUAAAAUAAAGUUUAAAAUAAAUGUUUUAUCCAAAACUGCAGUAUUUUUCAGAAACUGUAAAUUUUUCAUUUUAAUUCAACGGAUUGCUUUAGACGUACUAUGUACCACAAUCAAUAAUGGAUAUUUUAAAGGCAGAAAUUGCAAAAAAACGUAAAUUACUUGAAGAAAAGAAAAUUAUUGAUCCAUCAAACAAGAAAAAAUACUUCAAGAGAGGUGAGCUCUUAGCGAAAGAACAAGAAGAAUAUUUACGGAAAUAUGGACCCAAAGUACAGGAGCCUGAAGAAGAACAACUUGAAAAGGUAGAAACAGAUCAAAAUCAUGAGAAUGGAGAAACAGAACAGAAAGAGACUCCAGCACUUCCUCGAAAUGAAGUUAUAAAGAGAUUGAGAGAAAGAGGUCAUCCAAUACUAUUGUUUGCUGAAACUGAAAUUCAGUCCUUUAAGAGACUAAGAAGAAUUGAAAUUCAAGAACCAGAAGUUAAUAGGGGCUUCCGGAAUGACUUCCAAGAAGCGAUGGAGAAAGUCGAUGAAGCAUAUUUGAAUGAAAUAUUGGCAUUAGGAACUCAGAAUGAAGGUGAAAAUUCGUCCAAAGAAGAUGCACUGGAUGAUUUUAUCACAUAUGAAACCAUUCAAGAAAUGGCAAAAACAAUGGGACAAGGCGAUAGAAACCAUGAUAUGAAUGUAAUCAUGACAUUAUUGCAGUUCUUGCUAAAGUUGUGGGGUCAGCAACUGAGUUCUGCUGCAGCAGGACAGAAAGCAGCAGUCAAGCAUAAAAUGACGAGAGCCACAUACACCCAAACACAGGUUUAUCUCAAGCCUCUAAUGAGAAAACUAAAAAAGAAAAACUUGCCUGAAGACAUCUGUGACAGUUUAACAGAAAUAACAAAACAUCUGUUGGAUAGAAACUACAUUAUGGCCAGUGACGCAUAUCUUCAAAUGGCGAUUGGUAAUGCGCCAUGGCCGAUCGGUGUAACCAUGGUGGGUAUUCACGCUCGUACAGGACGGGAGAAAAUCUUCUCUAAGAACGUAGCACACGUUAUGAACGACGAAACUCAAAGAAAAUACAUUCAAGCGCUAAAACGUCUUAUGACUAAAUGUCAGGAGUAUUUCCCUACAGAUCCAUCUAGAUGUGUGGAGUAUACUACUAUCAGAUAAUAAAUUAAACUAUUUUUAAAUUAUAAA